UUGACUUAAAAGCCUAUCACUGAAUAAAAUAAUAAUUUUUUCUAGUGUGCUGCGCUGUCCAAACCCUUCCAUACCACUAUUAUUAAGGCAUAUCAUCGCCCAAACUCAAAAUCCAUUUCAAAAGGUGAGACCUUUGGUUCCUCAAUAGAGUUUAGGUCAUACCCAAGAGAUCUAAAGCGAGACUUCUCUCCCACAGAGAGAGAGAGAGAGAGAGAGAGAGAGAGAGAGAGAGAGAGAGAGAUGGGGAGGGCUCCUUGUUGUGACAAAGCAAACGUGAAGAAGGGACCAUGGUCACCAGAAGAAGAUUCAAAGCUAAAAGAGUACAUAGAGAAGUAUGGGACUGGUGGGAAUUGGAUUGCUCUCCCACAGAAAGCUGCUCUGAAGAGAUGUGGGAAAAGCUGCAGAUUGAGAUGGCUUAACUAUCUAAGGCCAAACAUCAAACAUGGAGAAUUCUCUGAUGAGGAAGACAGGAUAAUAUGCAGCCUCUUUGUUAGUAUUGGAAGCAGGUGGUCAGUUAUAGCUGCUCAGCUGCCAGGCAGGACUGACAACGAUAUCAAGAACUACUGGAACACCAAGCUCAAGAAGAAGCUCAUGGGGAUGCAUAUGGGUCCUCCUCGACCUCACAACUACCAUAAAAAUUUACUAAAGCCUCCCCCAUUUCCUUCUUCCUCUCAUCACAAUUACCAAAACCAACCAUUAAUUCCAUCUGAACCUUUAUCAUCGCUGUACAAAGACCUAAGCAAUUACAACAGAUCUUUCUUCGGGUUUGAAGUGCCAGUGCCAUUGCCACCACAAGUUUCUCUGACGUCCAAUAAUUUCUCGAACAUUUCCACCAACUCCUCCUCUUCUUUUUUUCCAACCCUAAAUUACCCAGCUGGAGUGAAGAAAAAUAACAAUAUUAAUAACCUCCUCGUGUUUGGAAGUAAAGGGAGUUGCAGUACUUCAUCUGAUGGAAGCUGUAAUAAUCAGAUCAGCUAUGACUACUGCAGCAGAUCAGAGAUUAAUAACAUCAAACAAGAAGAAAUGGGUUUUGAUCAUCAGAGCUUCAUGAUGCUUAACUAUGGCAACCAAUGGACCGAAAGGUCAAAUGGGUUUUAUUUUGGAUCAGAAAACAACACAUUAGAAUUUACUGAUCUGGACGAAGAUGUUAAGCAGCAGCUGAUUAGUACUAGAAGUAAAAAUAAUUAUAAUAAUAAUAAUACUAUUAUUAAUGAGUCCUCUAAGUCUAACAGCUUAUUAUUCAAUGUUGAUGAAAGCAAGACAGAAGAUGAUGAGAAGGUCAUGUAUUUCUACUGAAGUUACUGAAUGCUAGUAGCUGCUGAAUGCUGAAGAGUUACUGAGUCUACUGACUGACUGUUGUAAGUAAAAAUGAUCAGAAGGAUUUGAUGGGGUAUGGUGUGGUGGUGGGGGAGAUAUUCAGAAAGAUUGACCCAGUGGACCUCUAUUCUAUAUGUUUCUGAACUCUGAAUCUGAUGAUAUAUGAAAUGAAACAUUUCUUUUUUUGACAGUA